AGUAUUAUUGGGUAACCCAUAGACUGGAAUAGACUGUUUUAACAUCAAGUCAUCGACAUGGUUCUCCAAAUUACUAAUGUAUUGAAUUCUGUAAUCCGCUGAUGUUGAUUUUGAUAUAUAACCUAUUCAUUUUAAAAUUAUUGUUACUUCAUACUUGAAAUAAACAUAACCCUGGCUGCUAAAAACUUGCAACUUUGAAAAGCUGCAACCUCUAAUGGAGUGUCCACAUCUGGAGGACAGUGCCAGAAUAGCAUUUGACUUGUCAAGCACAACCACUGAUAGUUUAGGCAAACCUCCAGUUUUUAAAUGUUCAGCUUGUCAAACAGAAGAGAGUCCCUGGAUUUGUUUGACUUGUGGUGAUAUUAAUUGUGGCAGGUACAUUAAAGGGCAUGCAAAAGAACAUCAUGAGAAUCAUGAAAAACUUCAUGCUGUGUGCAUGGAUUGUCAUAGUUUGAUGGCUUUCUGCUACAAAUGUGAUGAUUUUGUUAUAAAUGAUACUAAUUUUGGACAUCUGGAAAAAUUACGUAAACAAUAUGAAUCACUCACCAAAGUAACGGAAACUAAAAGUGAAGAAAGUUGCAGCAGCCAAGUCACAUCACCAAAAAAAGUUCAGAGAUGUGAUUCAUCAGAUUCUCUAGAAAAUGAAAGAAAUCACAAAAAAAGAAAAAGGGAUAACCAUCAUAAACAGAGGCGGCCAAGAACAUCUGGCCUACGUAAUUUAGGAAACACAUGUUUUAUGAAUGCUGUUUUACAGUCUUUAAGUAAUAUACAGGAGUUUUGUGGCUACAUUAAACAACUUCCAUCUUUAGAGGACAAAAUACAUAAAGCAAAGAAAAUACAAAUUUCUCGUAAGACAAGGGAUUCUGGGGAGGAUGUAUUAUUAGUAGAAGAACUUAGGAAGACUCUUGUAGCACUGUGGCAAGGCACAAAAGGGGCCAUAUCACCUGAGUCUCUUUUUUCUGUUAUUUGGAAAGUUGUUCCAAGGUUUAGGGGUUACCAACAGCAAGAUGCUCAUGAGUUUAUGCGAUACCUUUUAGAUAGGCUACAUAUCGAGCUUCUCGAGCUGCUACCUUAUCCUAAUAACAAUUCUCCGUAUAUCGGUCCAAAAGGAAAGAGUACUAUAGUGACAGCUAUAUUUGGUGGUUUACUUCAAAGUGAAGUGAAUUGCCUUAUAUGUGGGAUGGAGUCCAAAAAGCAUGAUCCUUUCUUAGAUCUGUCUCUAGAUAUUCCAGCCCAGUUUUCUAGUAGACUUACUAAACCAAAAGAUGGAGAACCUAUUUGUACACUGACAGAUUGUCUUUCUAGUUUCACAGAUAUAGAAGAACUUGAGGAUUCAGAGCUCUAUAUGUGUAAUAACUGCAAACAAAGACAACGCUCAACAAAGAAAUUUUGGAUUAGAAGACUACCUAAUGUUCUUUGUUUACAUCUAAAACGUUUUAGGUGGAGUAUGUUUUGUCGUUUAAAAGUUGAAACGUUUGUUGAGUUUCCUAUACAAGCUCUAGACAUGAACACAUAUGUACUUAAUAAUUUGCAUGAAACGAGAGGAAGUUUUUCAGGAAGCAACUUGUAUGAUCUUGCUGCUGUAAUUGUACAUCAUGGUUCCGGGGCAGGAUCAGGACACUAUACGGCUUAUGCCACUCAUGAAGGUCAAUGGUACCACUUCAAUGACAGUACAGUGACAGCUUGUGAUGUGGACACAGUCAUGCGCUGCAAGGCUUAUAUUCUUUUUUAUGUUAGGAGAGAAAUUCGUCUACCUGACAGUUUGUGUGCCCGUACACACAGUAGCUUAAAUAGAAAACAGUUUAAUUUUUCUGAUGUUGAUUCUGAAACUAAAGACAACCACAAAAUGAAUAAAUUAAUUUCAAAUAAAACAAAAUGAAAUAUUUAGAAGAAACUUUUGUGAUUGUAAUGAAAUUCUUUUUACCUUAUCAAGAACAGUUACACAUGACAAUGCUGAAGUUAAAAGCCUAUAAAUUUAGCUGAGACGCCUAGAUUGUAAAACAUAGGAUCAAUCAAUUAUUAUAUUCUAUUUAUUUUAUCGCCACAGAACAAGUUUUUUGUAUUUACACUGGACAACAAAUCUUUUGUUUAUAAUUUUAUAUUAGCAAACUAACAUCUAAAAGGCCACUUCUGUAUUUACUAAGAUUUAUUUAUACAUGCAGUAGUUUUUAACCAUUGUAUACCAAUGCAAUCAAAAUUUAUUUAAAUUUGUAUUUUAUUAUAAAAUCUCAUUAAGAUCUGCCUUUUAUCAGUAGGCAAUUUCAAACCUUGGUCACAUACUUGACAAUCUGACACUUAUUGUUGUAUUAUGUACUGAUAGUCUAAGAAAGCAUUUAUUUUCUAGAUAAUUCAUAAUUAAACUAGUAGGGGGUGGGGUGUUAGAUAACAUUCAUACCUUCAUUCCUACUCAAUACCAUUCCUUUUUCAUUUAGAAUAAUUUUAUCUAUUGUUAGGUUGGGUUUUUUUUUUUGGAAUGGCUUCAUGCUUAAUUUAAUUAUUUUGUUUAGUACUAACAAAUCUUUGUUGAGAUAGGAUGUUCAAGUUCUUCUUGUAAUUUUUGGUUCUUUUUGUUAAAGCAGAAAAAAGGUAAUUCUUAUAUACCAUGGAAUGAUCAUGGUAACUAUUCUGACAAUCUCAGAAAUUGUGAUUUCUCUCAAGUCAGUGCAUUUUAUCCCUGAAGUUGUGAUUACAAACGGGUCCUUAUUGUUCCAUCUGUAGAUUCAAGACAUUUAUCAUUAACGUUGGUACAAGCAUGGAUGGAUGCAUGUCACAUUGAUUCAUGGCAAAAAAAUCUUAGUUAAAAAAUUUACAGCAGUUAUAUCUUUAGAAGCUAAAGGUAUAUAUGAAUGAAAUUGUAGUUGGUGUAUACUUUUUAUGCUAUUCUCACACUAAAUUAGUACAGGAUGUUGUGAAUGUUUGCUAUUAUGUAUUAAAAUGAAUGUUAUGUGUUACCAGUAAUGUUGCUGUAAAUGUAUUUCUAGUAAGAUAUCAAGCCAUUGUCAUGAAGCUUACUUGUGUACUAAAAGAAUAAACUUGAAUAAACCCAUCUGAGGCUUUUUAAACUGCAUCAAAAGACUUGAUCAAUAGCGUUUGAUUUCAGUUUUGUAAUUUAAAGUAUUUAAAAAAAAAUGUAAUUUUUUACUGUUGGUUAUGUGGACAUUUACAGCUACUAAUUGUGGUAAUAUGAAAUAGGUGUGUAAGAAUAUCACCAGUUUGUGUUCAACACAAUUGUUUGUAUUUAAUUUUUUAAAUGUUGAAUCAUUUUGAUUGUUUUUUUAUUGUCAUGCCACUGUUUUUUAAGUGAUUUAUUUUCCCAUUUUUUUUUUCUGCAGUUGCAAGGCUUAUGAUAUUAUAAAUGCAGUAGAAAAAUAAAUUAAAAAAAAACUGGCAAAAUUUUUGUUUAAUGCAUUUUGGUUUUACCAUAUGGCCUUGAUUUAAAUUGUUGAGCAUAAAUUUAAGUCACAAAAUAUAUAUUAGUAACAUUAGAGACUGCCAAGUAGUAAAUAAUUGUACAUCAUAACAUCAAGAAAUUCAACAAAAUUCCCUUGAAAACCAAGUAAGCCUUUCUUUGUUGUGGGCUGGGUUCUGCUGACUGCAUGAUAUCCGCAAUGAUGGUUAGUGAUUUUAUCCAUCCCAUCUACUGUGAGUUUAUCACUCAGUUGCUCUAAGAGUGGUGUAUGAUGUUUUAAAUCAUCCCAAAAAAUUAUAACUUGUAACAGGCACAUGGGAUAAACUUAAGGUGCUAUUACAGAACUUAGUGAUUAAUUUUAAUAGGGCAUGAAUACACAGAUUAAACUGCAUAAUAAAUGCCUAUUUUAAAAAAAAAAAAUUAACUCUAGGUGGUUUGUGUUUUACAUUUGAUUUGGAGUUUUACAUAUUUUGUUUUCAAAAUAAACUACCCUCCCGUAAUUUUUUUUUUUAUAGAUUCAAGGUAGCGUAUGCACUACCAAUCUGGCAACUUUUCAAAAAUAAUUUUAUCGACCUUUUUUGAAUAUUUUUAUUGCCAAAAACAUUUAUAUUGCCUAGUGAUCCAAAGAAUGCUAUAUAUAAUCUUUUAGCCUAAUAAUAAAUCAACAACUAGUCAAGCGCUACAGGUCUAGUCGUGCGCUUUUAUAAAUUGUGCUGAAAGAGUGAUAGAUUUACUCUUAGCACAAUU